CAUGUAUUUUUGUUACUAAGCUAAGAUCUAGUUUUUAUCGCGGAAUGUGACGUCCUUUCUGUCAGUGCCUUCUCACGUCUUAAUUGAAAUUCCAUUGCGCGGAGCAAGCGUGCAGGUGCUCGGAGAUGCUAAUUAAAUCAAAACAAGCUGAGGUUCACGUGGAAAGUGUUCACAAACUGCUGCGCUGAAUAAAAAGACAUCCUCGCUUUAAAUCUGGUUCGCAACAUGAACAGCAGUGGUCCAGCGUAUCCUCUGGCCUCUUUGUAUGUCGGGGACCUGCACCCCGAUGUUACAGAAGCCAUGCUGUAUCAGAAAUUUUCUCCUGCUGGACCCAUCAUGUCGAUCCGCGUGUGCCGGGACAUCAUCACCCGCAGAUCCCUAGGAUACGCCUACAUAAACUUCCAGCAGCCAGCAGACGCGGAGUGUGCCUUAGAUACGAUGAACUAUGACGUCAUUAAGGGUCGACCCAUUCGGAUAAUGUGGUCUCAGCGUGACCCAGGUCUCAGGAAGUCAGGUGUGGGAAACAUCUUUAUCAAGAACAUGGAUGAGUCCAUUGACAACAAGGCACUGUAUGAUACCUUCUCUGCCUUUGGCAAUAUUUUAUCCUGCAAGGUUGUCUGUGAUGAGAAGGGAUCAAAAGGCUAUGGCUUUGUUCACUUUGAGACUCAAGAGGCUGCAAAUCGGGCCAUUGAAACAAUGAAUGGGAUGCUUCUGAAUGACAGGAAAGUUCAAAAGAUGGGUAAAAAGGAAUCUGGUAUUGUCAACCCAAAGGACCGUUUCCUGUGGGAAAAAUGUCAGUUCUCCCAGCUUAGGUCAGCAAAUAGGUUUGUUGGCCACUUCAAGUCUCGCAAGGAAAGGGAAGUUGAGUUUGGCUCCAAAGCUAUGAAGUUUACCAAUGUCUACAUCAAGAACUUUGGAGAGGACUUCACUGACGAGAAACUGAAGGAGGUUUUUUCUGCAUUUGGGAGGACCCUCAGUGUGCGAGUGAUGAAGGACGAGAAGGGACAAUCAAGAGGGUUUGGGUUUGUCAACUAUGCUCACCAUGAUGAUGCUCAGAAGGCUGUGGAUGAAAUGAAUGGAAAGGAGCUUAAUGGGAAGACCAUCUACGUAGGUCGUGCUCAGAAGCGUUUGGAGCGCCAGGGGGAGCUGAAGCGCAAGUUUGACCAGAUGAAACAGGAUCGCAUCCAACGCUAUCAGGGGGUGAAUCUGUAUGUGAAGAACUUGGAUGAUGGCAUAAAUGAUGAAAGACUCCGGAAGGAAUUUUCUCCUUAUGGUACAAUCACAAGUGCAAAGGUGAUGACUGAAGGUGGCCAAAGCAAGGGCUUUGGCUUCGUCUGCUUCUCGUCUCCAGAGGAAGCAACCAAAGCAGUGACUGAAAUGAACGGGAGAAUUGUUGCGACCAAGCCGCUGUAUGUUGCGCUGGCGCAGAGGAGGGAGGAGCGUAAAGCUAUUCUAACUAACAAGUACAUGCAGAGACUGGCUACCCUGAGGACCAUGAGCAACCCCAUCAUCGACUCGUUCCCCCAGUCGGGAUACUACAUGACUGUACCACAACCUCCCACUCGCUCUUUCUACAACCACAGUGCUGUCAGCAACCUGAGACCAGUCCCUCGUUGGAUGGGGCAGCCGCCCAGAGCCCAG